CAAAUUGGAAGAACCAGAAGGCCAGCCGCUCGUCCUGCACGCCCACGCCCGCCCACAGGCUCGUCCCGCAGAAGGGGUUGCCGCGUCCAAAAGCUAGGGCGUAUCCGACUACCCAGUACGCGAUGCCCCCGAUGACUGUGGACAGGAAGAAGACAGGAAGUGGCGCAUCUCGUGGUCGUCUUGAGAACCACCACCACCACCACCACCACCACCACCACCACCACCUCUCACAGCUCUCCCAGUCACACAGAAACCACAGCAGGCAGCGGGAGUGCAGUGAGAGAGUGAGAGAGCGUGUGAGAGAGUGAGAGGUGAAUCUUGAGGGUGUGUGGCAGGGUGAAGGCGAGGCACACCUGUCACCCUGUAGUCAUGAUGAUGAAUGAGCCUGUCCCGGUGUCCACCCCCUGCUGGGCCACUACGAGUCCCCCCUGCCCCCCCUGUACGAGCCGCCCCCCUGGCCCCCCCAAGCCGCGCCUCAUGUUCAAGAUGCCCCGCGUGGUGCCAGACCAGAAGACUAAGUUUGAGUCUGAUGAACUUUUCCGCAGACUGGCGAGGGAGACGGAGCAGGUGCGCUACACAGGAUUCCGGGACAGACCAUCAGAGGAGCGAAGGCAGAAAUUUCAGAGUCAAUGUCGAGAUGGGUGCACUGAACUGGCUUUCGUCAACACGGGGCUCAACCUGUACCUGUCCUUUACCCCCGCACCAGGAGGCUACUCACCUGACGUGGACUUCAACAAGGAGCCCGGCAAGGUUCAUCUUAAAUCCCACUUUAUCAUGAAUGGGGUGUGUGUUCAGUGGCGUGGGUAUCUUGAUCUUGAGCGCCUGGACGGAGUGGGCUGCCUUGAGUAUGACGAGGACUCCGCCAGGUUGGAGGACGCCUUGCUGAGGGAGGAACUGGACAAAUACAAGGCAAGGCUCAAGGAUUUCGAGGAUAAACAACGGUCUUUCAAGCCCUUCGCCACCGCCUCCACAGCCAAGUGAGCGAACAAACAAACAAACAAACAAACAAACAAACAAACAAGAAGCAAGAAAAGGAAGGCUAUGGCAUGAAAAGACCCGUAUCAGAGAGAGAGAGAGAGAGAGAGAGAGAGAGAGAGAGAGAGAGAGAGAGAGAGAGAGAGAGAGAGAGAGAGAGAGGAAAGCAAUAUAUUCUUGAACGACAACAACAACAACAACAACAAUAAAAGAUAAGAACAAAAUUAAACAGAUAAAAAGAAGAUGAUAUAACAAAUUGAUAAUCAUAAGAAAUAGACGAAAAAAAGGAAAAAUGAAAGAAAGAUCAAGAACAAGAGCGACAACAACAACAACAACAACAACAACAACAACAACAACAACAACAACAUUAAGAAGAAUGGGAAAAAAAAUUAAAUGAAAGAAAAAAGUUAAAAAAGAAUAAAGUUACAAAUAAAAAAAAUGAUGAAAUGAGAGAGAGAGAGAGAGAGAGAGAGAGAGAGAGAGAGAGAGAGAGAGAGAGAGAGAGAGA